AUGGACGUUGAAGGGAUCGACGUUGAAAACAACGAUCUCGAUGAGGAGUUGAACGACAUCCGGCAGAAGUAUUUGGAGAAUGCGAUCAGUCACCUGAAAUCAUUAGGUGAUUAUCGCGAACAUAUUGGUGAAGAGGUCUUCAAAGACAUGAUCGAUAGGUGCGAAGCUCUUGAUCGAAAACUGCAAAAUGAACAUCGAGCACUACGAGAUGCAUUGAAGCCUCUUGAAAAGGGCAGGAGUGCUGAUAUCGAGACAGUCUUCAAGCAGAGAUUGGCUAAGCUGGAACAAAGUAGUGCAAAUAAGAAACGAAUAGAAAUAUAUGAAGAACUUCGGUGUGGCGAUGAAGUGCUGCAGGUCGAGCAGGUGAUCAACUCAAAACUGGACCCGUAUACGAACAAGGCAAUUGUCAAUCCUGUUCGAAAUAAGCGUUGUGGUCAUGUCUACGAUGCAGCAGGUGCGAAGGCAUUUCUGGUAGCUGCCAAAAAGGGCUCGAGGUGCCCGUGCCCCGUUCGCAGUUGUAAGGUCGAGGAUGUUAGGAAAGAAGAUAUCGAGCCAUAUCCGGAGUUCUUCGAUCACAUGAAAGAGAUGACUAGCAUUGACUGA